AUGAAAACCAUCGGAAAAUUAAUUUAUGAACAAUUGAAAAAAAAAUACGACAAUGUCAAAAAUAAUAGGAAGCAAACCAGAUUUCAUUAUUAAGUAUUGAAUCUAUAUAAAUUAUAUUAGAUUGAAAUCGAUUGUGGGGAAGUCGUAAAUAUUAAGGGAGUGAAACAAUAUGAAUUAAGUAAUAAGAUCAAUACGGGUUAUUUUGAUUUCAAGACCUUGCUUUUCUUUUUAUUUUUCAAAUAGUUUGAGAGAAUCGGAGUCCUAAUAUAUUAUAUUGUUAUGAUUCUUCAUUUUAGUUACCUUUAAAUUAAGUAAACAAUGCGUUGAAUAUUAAGUCCUGAAGACUUGGUUGUGUACAUCUUGCCAUUAUCAAUGCAUUACAUCCUGUAAGUAGUUAAGGCAUUCUAUUUUGACUACUUAAAAAUGGAAUAUGACAAGAGGACAAAUCAAAGAGGUAUAACAAGAUAUAGAAGAUUGAGAAAGGAAAUUGCCUCUGGAAAUAAGCCUUAAUAAAAUUAAUAAUAGAUUGAUUUUUUUUUAAAUUCAAAAGAACCCUAAGUAACAAUUACUAAACUAGAGAUGUAGAAAAAACCUCAUUCAGUUUAAUCUGUUAAAAGAAGGGAAAAAUUAAUGCUUUAUGAGAAUAUUAAUUGGGAAUAACUAGAAGUAGGUGAUUUAGUUUAUUUAAAACGAAACGAAAUUUCACCAGCCGAUAUAUUAAUUAUAGAUGUUUCUGAUAAUAUAGUUGGAGUAUCCUCUUAAUAAUUAGAUGGAAAAACAACAGAAGAAAGUCGGUAACCUACUUAAUUGACAAUGCUCAAAAACGGUAAAUACAAAGCAUCAGGAUUUGAUUAUAAAAAAAUUUUGACAGGUUAAAUAUAAUUUGAUAAAGAUAAAAAUGAAAACAUUUACGGAUAUAUUAAAUUAAAAAAAGACCCAAAAGGAGAGAAUUUUAAUCGUAAUAAUAUCAUUCGAAGAGAGGAACAAUUAAGGACAUGCUAAUAUUUAAUAGGACUAGUACUAUUUGCAGGAUAGAAUUGCAUUUGUUAUGAUAAAUUGAAACAAGCAGAGAAGAAAUCAUUCUUUGUUUAAAAGUCACGAAUGUUCUUUGCUUUAACAUUAACUAUUAGCAUUAUAAUAACAUUUAUAAGUUGGUUAAUAGCAUCUUUUGGAGUUUGUUAGAGUUCUUAAAAUGAAACAAUCUUUGAUUCUACUACUCUUAUAUUUUAUAUGAUUUAAUAUUUAAAGACUACUCCGAUAUACUUUUAUAAUUGUGUAGACAUUAUUGAAAUGGGAUAUGCUCAUUAUAAAUACAUUAAAUUUAAUCAGUGUAAAUCAUCUGAGAUGAGAAUCAAAGUUGGUAAUAGUAUCGGAGGACUUAACUUACAAAAUACACAACCAUAAAUAAACUAUGAAUAAUUGAAUUCAGUUUCAAUUGGCGACCUAGUUAUGACUGAAUAUGUAUGUUUUGAUAAGACUGGAACAUUAACUACAGGGGAAUUUCGAGUAAGAUCCAUAAUUAUAGAAGAUAUGAUGUAUAAAUUUGGGUAGAAAAAGAUAUAAAAUGGUUGGUAACUCUUCAAAGAAAAUUUCAAAUAAUAAUUAAAAUAAAACCCUAAUUUUAGAAUUCAAGAAUAAGAAGAAUAUUCUGAUGAAUAAAUUGCUCUUGAAUAAUAAUCGAAAAGUAGAAGUAAUGGCUUCAAAAAUACAGUGUCAGGUCUAUCAAAGUCAUUAGGAAAAUAACAAACUUAAAAGUUUCGAUCCACAUUAUUACAUUAAUCUCAUUUAAAUGAUGAAAAUAACUUUAAUAAUAAAAUAUCAACUUUUUAACCAUUAUAGUAAUCAGCCAUAUUAAGUAAAUCUGAAUUGGAGAGCGCAAAUGUUAAAAAUUCUGAAGGAAACAAUACUGAAUUGAUUGGUCAACAUAUAAUUGAAAAUAUUAGACCUGAAGAUCUGGAUGAUACUCAUUGUAGAAUUACACCUGAUUUGAAGGCAAAUAGACCCAAACCAUUCUUUAACAAGUCAAUCAUUGUUAACUAGUCAAUAUCAAUCUAAUAAUCUCCUUCCUCUAGUCCAUUUGAGGAAAUACAACUGAUGCCAUAAGAAGAUAAGUAAUCUGUAACAAGCGAUAGAUAAAAAAAACCAAGAAGUGAUAGUGAUGCCACAAAAAAGGAUGAGCACAGACAUGUAAAAAAGUAAUCAUCUUUUGUGAAUAGAAAUAAUAAUAAUAAAGCUACCUUAUAAUAUUAUUAAAUGGAUGAAGACACAUAUGAUAUAGCAUUUUAGAAAGAUUAAGAAUUCUAUUAGAAACUUGUUUGUGGUCCAUCAUAAAUAUUUUAUUAAGAAGCAAUUCUCUCUCUACUUUUAUGCUAAGAGAUUGCAUCGAAGUUUACUUAAUAUGAUGAUUAAUUUAUUCAUGAUUCAACUUAAUCUACUUUAGAUUAAGAAUUGAUGAGAUUUGCUUAAUAUUUUGAUGUUAAAUUUGUAUGUACUAAUGAAACAGGCGGAAAGAUUACUUACAUCAUAGACUUAUUAGGUGAAAUGCAUGAAUUUUAAAUUCUAUCUAUUAAUGAACAAUGUUAAAAUCAUCCUCGAUUAGGAGUGAUGAUAUAAUAUCCAGAUAAAUUGGCAGAGCAAUUUCAAUUUUUUAUAAACGAGUCAGAAGAAGAAACUGAUUUUAUUAAUUGUGUAUUAAUAGUUAGAGAAGAACAUAAUCAAAUACCAUCAUAUAUUGAUAUAGAUAAGAAUAGUAGAGAGUAUUGGGAUAGAGUUUUUAACAAAUUACAUAUAGCUGGAAUGAGAACCGUAGUUUAUUCAAAGAUUUAUUUAAGGGAUAAUGAAAAAAAUGAAUUCUUAGAUAAAUAUUCAUAGAUUAGAUUUCAAUAAUCAUAAAAUGAAUUAAUUUAAUUAUUCAAUGAUAUAGAGAAGGAUAUGCAAAUCAUGUAAGUCUUGGGUAUUAAAGAAAAAAUAAGACCAGAUGCAAAAAUAUUGAUUUAAUAAAUGAAAUAAGCAGAUUUGAGUUUAUUUUUAUUAUCUGGGGAUGAAAUGAAUAGAGUCUUACCUGUUGCCUAUAGGUCAGGCUUAUUAUAAAAUACAGAUCAACUAUUAUACCUUGAUUCUGAUAAUGCAAAAUUGGUGAUUAAAAACUAAUUGGCUUAAAUGGCCUAAUAACUGAAAGUACCUGAUCAGAAUCUUAAUGUGAGCAAUGCAAUAUAGUCAAAAACGAUUCGCUUAAAUACAUUGACUGAUAAAGCUCAUAAGAGUAUUGAUAACUAUUAUAAUCCAGAUACAUUUAAUUAAAAUAAAUCAGUUGGUAAAAGCUCCCAUAAUUAGUUUUAAUAAUAAUAAUUAUAAUAGUAAUAAUAAUCAUAAUAAUAAUAACAAUAAUAUGGAGAAAUAAGAGCCUUUUCAAUUGUGCUUAGUGGAGAAUAAUUUAACAUUAUACAAGAGGAUAGUGUAUUCCUAGCCCAUUUAACAUUCCUUUUAUAUUUUUGCAAUUCUCUCAUUGCUUAUAGAUUUAAUCCAAUUUAAAAGGCUGAAAUCAUUAAAAUCAUCUAAACAUAAUUUUAAGGGAAUAAAAAGGUGUUGUCAAUUGGAGAUUCAUUCAAUGACAUUUAAAUGUUUAGAUAAGCAAAUAUUGGUAUAUAAUAUUGCCAUUUACCAGUAUCUUAAUAGUAACUAAAAUAGAGUACUAAAAGAAAACUUACUUAGAGAUUAUCAAUGAAUAAAAUAUUAGAAAACCCUCUAAAAAGGUAGCAUGGUAUCAAAGAUAUACAAAGAAUGGCUACUUCUGAUAUAUGUGUAAAUAGUUUUGAGGAUCUGUGUGGAUUAAUGUUUUUUGAGAGUAGAAUAUUUGCUGAGGUCUAUGAUGAUUUAUUGGUGUUUUCAUUCUACCGAUCUUUAUUAAUAUUGUAUGCUCUAUUUCUUAUUUAUUCCACUAAUUGUUCAUAGAAUAAUUAAUUAGUAGAAGGAAGUUGGUUGACAGUUUAUUAAAGUUUAAUGUUGUUUUUGCAAUAGAUAUCAAGCUUAAUUUCUAAAUUAAAUGAAAAUUAUCAUGGAGAUUCAAAGAUGUAUUAAGAAUAAUUUAAAAUUAACAUUAAGACAUUCAAAAAAAAGAAAGUAUUGUCAUUUAUUUUUAAAAUUAAUGGAAAUGCCUUGUUAGAUGCAGUUUUACUGUGGUUGACUUGCUUUUCAUUAUUUUAUGGAAACACUCAAAUUGGAAUCAUCAGAUAAAUGCUUUUGAUAUUGUUAGUAGGAAGUGAUUUGGUAAAAUUGUGUGUCUCUUCAGUCUAGAAAGUUUUGGCUUGGAUAAUAUUGGUGUUUGCCUAUUUAUUAUGUUGGUUAGGCAUGUCUUUAUUAUCAGUGAAAUUUACAUUUGAUGAUAAUAUUGAAACUUUUGAGUAAUUAUUUACUGAUCCUCAUUCUUGGUUUGUAUUUUUCUUUUAUAUUGGUGCAUAAUUAUGUUUAAGUAGUUGCAUAGAAGCCAUUCAACCAUUGUUCUGUUAAAGUUUAAUUAAAACUGAUUAAUGCUAUGAAGAAAUUUCUAUUAUUUCUCAAAAAGUAAAUACAUAGAACAAUAAAAGCAACUACAGAAAAUAUCAUAAUUUAAUUAAAAGAAUUGCUGUUAUUGCAGGUAAGAUAUUCAAAAGGAAUAAUGAUGAACUUGAUCUAUCAAUUUAAGAAAUGGUUUCUGGAACUAAUUUAAAAGUAAAUUAAGAUAAAGUUAAUCCAUUUACUCUUAAAUUUAUGAAUAAAGAUACUGAAAUGAAAUUCAAAAGAUUAUCAAAAAUUCUUUGGUUAAAAUUUGAGAGAUAUAAGUUAAUAAUAACUUUGGUCUUUUUAGAAGUAAUUGCUUUAGUAUUAUAUGUUGUAUAUAAUUCUGAUCAUUUUUCAACUGAAUUAUAUUUCUUAACUUACAUUUUGGGAAUAGCUUUAUAGUUUGUCUUACUAUUUUUAGUUUGUUCAAAUAUAUAUCCUAAACAUUUCUUUUUCAUCAAUUUAUCUGUUGUUUUCAUCAGAUUUCUUAUCAAAUUUAUUUGUGAUUUAGGAACAACAUAACAAGAAGGGAUUUAUGAAUUAUUGCUCACCUAAAGUUACAUAGUUGUAUUAUUAUUUUCACGGAUACACCUACCUAUAAUCAAUUUUAUUCUUGGAAUAUUAUCAGUGAUUGGAUUCAUUAAAAAAUACUCAAUAAUGGAAUUUUCCUAAGUUUAAAUAACUUACUAUUCUUUAAUCAACGGAGAAGUAGUUGUUAUCGCAACUAGUAUCUUAUUUAUGGCUUUACAAUAUAAAUUGAUUAGGUUAGAAAGGGAAGAUUUUAUGCUUGAUGUGACUUUGAAUUAAGAAACAUCAAAAAUGACAAAUGUUUUAUCAAUUUUAUUACCAAAAUUUAUUAGGGAUAGAAUUAAUGCAAGUAAGUUGUUAUGAUUUAUAUAAUUUAGAGGGCAUGUUUGAGAUAAGUGAGAACUAAGGGAAUGUGUCAAUUUUAUUUUGUGAUAUUUGUGGUUUUGAUGAUUUGAUUACAGUUGAAAAGGAAAAUAUUGUGAAGAUUUUAGAUGGAUUGUUUAGAUCAUUUGAUUAGUUAUGUGCUUAAAAUGGAAUGCAAAAAAUAGAAACUGUUGGUAAAACAUAUAUGGCAGCAGGGGGUCUAAAAGCAGUAGACUAAGGAACCAAAUUUUAUAAUUAAAAUUGUGUUAAAAGAGUAACAAUUUUAGAGUAUUUAAUAGGCUGUUUAAUUAUCAUUAGAAAUGAUGGAUCACACAAGAAAAGUUAAAUAUGGACAGAUUGGACAUUUGACAAUAAAAAUAGGAAUACAUUAUGGUAGAGUGAUAGCUGGAGUGAUAGGACAUCAUAAACCUCAAUUUUCUUUGAUUGGCGAUACUGUUAAUACAACUAGUAGAGUUUGUUCAACUGGACAAGAUGGAUAAGUCACUCUAUCGAAUGAAGCAUAUUUAGAAAUUAAUAUGCCUGAAUUGUAGUUUACUUAAAGGAAAGUGGCUGCUAAAGGAAAAGGGGAACUAAUAACAUAUUAAGUGAGUAAGGAAAUUAAAAGAAAUACUGAAAAGAAGAAUAUAAAAAAAAGAGGAGUUAUUCUGAAAAGUGAAGAAUCCAAUAAUCAUAUACUCUCACCUCAACCUUCAAUUUAAGGAAAUAUACCAUCUUCUGCUAAAUAACCAUCAUCAUUUGCUCAAAACUCGUUGAAAAGAUAAGAAAGCAUCUAAUUUAACUUAUAAGAUAAUGUUACCUAUAAUAUCUAAAACACAAACACCAAUAAUGAUAUUAUAUAAUAGCAUUCAUCUAAAUAAUCUAUUCCAGCAUAAUAGGAUUCCUCUUAAGAUGUCUCAAAUCGAUAAUAAUAGCAAGAUCCUGUGAAGCAAUUUAAAAGGAAAGCUAAUUCAAGAUAAACUUUACUUAUGCGAUCAAUGCCUUAACAAUACCAAACAGCAGGUUAAAUUAAACUUAAUAGCAAUUAAAAUAUUUAAAUAGAGGCUGAUUAAGAAGUAAGUCAAUUGGAAAAAGAGUAAUUAGCAUCAUACUUUGAGAAAUCAAAUCUAUUAUCUGAAAUUUCAUAAAAGUUAAGAAGAGAUCUGUAAAUAGAUGUGAUUGAUGAUUUUCCAGAUUAUGAUAUUGAAUUCGAUAAAAUUAAAGGUUAUUUAGAAGAUGACAAUAGUAAUGUGAUAAGUGAAUGUUUACAAUUAGAGAAGAAAAAAUUAUAUCUUGGAUUUAAGGAACAUCAAUAUUAAUUAGCAAAAGAGUUCAUAGAAUAAAAUGCUGAAGGGAGAAAUAUAGUAUUUAUUACUAUAUAUUUGCAUUUUUUACAAUAUCUUGCAAAAACUCUUACUCUUUUUAUUUUAGUCUAAUAAUCUAUCAUAGAAAGUCCCUUCUUAAUAAUAGCCAUUCGAUUAUUCGCAACUAUAGUAUUAUUGGUUCUGGCAUUGUUAUAAAAUAAGAAAUUAAAACACAAGUUCUACCAAGGUUAAUAUUUUAUUGCAACUUACAUAAUUCUUUUGUUUAGUAUCUUAUUGGAAUUCGUACUCCUUAAAAGUGAGGAAUUGUUCGAAUUGUAAGCCUCAGAAGGAAUACUAUUGAUAUGUUUCUUUUGUUCUUUAUCAAUUGUUCAAAUUAAACAUAAAGUAGCAUUCUUAUUAUUCUUUUGUGUAGCUCAAAUUAUAAUUGUACUUGUCAAAUUUAAUGAUUGGGCUGUAGCAUAUUAUACAAUUUAUUAAGGCAUUCUUAUGUUCUCUGUUUAAUACAAUAUAUUUUAUUAAGAUCUGAAUACCUUUAAUAAUAAAAGAUCUCUUGAAAUUAAAAAGUGCUAAUCCGAAAACUUAGUUAAAUACCUUCUACCUAAUCAUAUUUUAAAACAAUUUUUAUCUAAUAAUUAAAGAGAGGUCUUAGUAGAAUAGUUAGAAGAAGCAACCUUAUUGUUUGCUGAUAUAGCAGGAUUUACAGAAUAUUCUAGUAAGGUUGAACCUGAGUAAGUUGUUAAUAUGUUAAGAAAUCUAUUCACAGAAUUUGAUAAAAAAUGUUUAACUUAAAAUACAUACAAGCUGUAUACUAUUGGAGACUGUUAUGUUGCAGUGGGAGUUAUAGAUAUUAGACAAAGAAAUCCUGCAUAAGAAGCUAAGAAUGUUGUUGAAUUGGGAUUCGGAAUGAUUGAAAUUAUUAGAAAUGUAAGAUAGAUAAUUGGAUUUGACGGAUUAGAUAUGAGAAUUGGAAUACAUACUGUAAUUCAUUAUUAUUUAAAUUUUAGGGGAAAGUUAUUGCAGGAAUUUUAGGAACCGAAAUAGUUAGGUAUGAUGUUUACGGAGCAGAUGUUAUGAUUUCAAAUAAAAUGGAAUCUAAUGGAGAAAAAGGAAGAGUUCAAGUCUCAGAGGAAACCAAGCAAUUAUUAGAAGUUUAAUAUCCUGGGGCAUUCAAUUUUAUUCCUAACAAAUUAAUUGAAUUUAAAUCAAUUAAUAGACAAACAAAUGGUUACUUUGUUGAAACUCAAAAAAAUGAUUCUGGAUUUGAUGAUUCAAAUCAGCCUAGCGAAAGAGAAUCAUUUAAAAUAUGA